UAAGUACUAUAUGAUAUGUGUCAGUUAUAUUUUCAUCAAAUCUUUUGAGGGGAAAGUGAGGGGACAGUCAAAUGUGAAAAAAGAGUCCAUCGAUCUAUGUUACAAUUAACUUCUUUUUGUUGUUCGAUCAGCUUCAUCUGUUCAUGCUAAGAGAGGAACGAACGACAACUCUGCAAAGAAGACUGGAAAUACUGAUGGUGCUGUGAAAUCAAAUGGGUUGCGUUAAUAUUAUAUUUUUGAUCGUCCUCAUUUUUAAGCUUACUUUGGGUGAAUUCUGUCUGAGGACAUUGGAAACAGUGAGAAAUGUUUCUUCUUGUCCAAUUGAUAAAGAAGAAUGGGAGGCUGCAUCAAAAAGAAUGAACUGCAGUAAGAUUAAGAUGACAAGAAACUGUGAACAUGCUGUAUACCAUUGCUUACCCGCUGUUAAUAAAACAAUGGUGGAAGUGUGCACGGUACCAAAAAAUUUGAGUGGGUACUGUCCUCAUUUUUAUAGUGAUACUCCAUAUGUGAGGAAUGAUUAUAAGAGGGACUGCAGCAAAAAUAACACAUGUCCUCCAUUUUAUAGUUCUAAAGAUGCUUAUAACUAUUCAGCUUGUUAUGAAGGUACAAGCAUUUCAACUACAACUACUGUAACAACUUCUGAAGUGUUCAUAGUUACAUCUACUGUAACUCCUGCUACUGUUUCUCCUACAACUGCCACCAAAGACCUCCGUAAACCUGCUGAAGUAACAGAUGACAGAAAAGAGAAGAGUGAUGACACAUGGAUGAAGAUUCUCUUCCCUUUAAUUUUUGCUGUAUUGUUAAUCAUAAUACUGAUAGCAUAUAUCUAUGCUGUGGUCAAUGAGCAAAAACGUACAAGAGUUCCUUGGAUGCAAGCUGUACACCAUGUCAACCAGGGAAUCUCAGAAGUAUUUUGCCGUUGCUGUAAAAGGAAGGCUAAUGAAGGUGCAUGUGAAGUAGAUCCUGAGAAAUGUAAAGAUCAAGUGGAAAUACCAUUGUUAAAUGGCAAUGAUCAUAAAGAAAACAAUGAAGAUAAUGGAGCAAUCAAUCUAAAUCUUACCGACAGAACUCCAGAAAAAGAUCCCCAAACACUUGAAAAUAUUACUAUAAUUGAGCAAAGUAAUUACACCAAAGAUGACAAAUCCCAGAUUAGUUUCUGUACUCGGGACAGCAUCACUGACACCCCAGACAGUACUUCUGCAGUACCAGAGAACAGAACACCUAUAAAUCAGGAGAAAACUAUUCCACAAAUAUGUAACAGCGAUCCAAUGCCUGAUCCGAUCUCAGAACAUGAUGAUGCUAAGGCUGCAGGAACCACCAAUCCAAAUCAUAAUGGAAAAACUCAAGUGGAUGAUCCUAACACACCUGAAAGUUCCACAACAGAACACAGUAAAUUCUCCAAAAAUGGCAUUUCCCAUAUUAAUUCCUCUACUAAGGACACCAGCACUGAAUGUUCACAAGAAAUUUCUGCAGUACCUGAGAACCCUACUUUAUCUACUGUUCCGAUCUCUGUACAUGAUGCUAAAGUCUCAGGAACCACCAAUCCAAAUCAUAAUGGAAAAACUCAAGUGGAUGAUCCUAACACACCUGAAAGUUCCACAACAGAACACAGUAAAUUCUCCAAAAAUGGCAUUUCCCAUAUUAAUUCCUCUACUAAGGACACCAGCACUGAAUGUUCACAAGAAAUUUCUGCAGUACCUGAGAACCCUACUUUAUCUACUGUUCCGAUCUCUGUACAUGAUGCUAAAGUCUCAGGAACCACCAAUCCAAAUCAUAAUGGAAGAACUCAAGUGGAUGAUCCUAACACACCUGAAAGUUCCACAACAGAACACAGUAAAUUCUUCAAAAAUGGCAUUUCCCAUAUUAAUUCCUCUACUAAGGACACCAGCACUGAAUGUUCACAAGAAAUUUCUGCAGUACCUGAGAACCCUACUUUAUCUACUGUUCCGAUCUCUGUACAUGAUGCUAAAGUCUCAGGUGAAGAGUUGCAUCAGAGGGAACAAAACCAAAAAGAAAACAGUGAAGAGGUACUCAUAUCUCCUUAUUUGUGCAGUGAGGAAUCUCGUCCAGAUACUUCUAAUAAAGAUCCUUUGAAUUUGUUGUUAGACUUGGAUGUAUCAGGAGGUUCAGAUAACUUGAUGAAUGUUAAAUCAAACAUGCAGGAACAAUCCUGUGAAGAUCCGAAUAAGUACUAUGGUAAAAAGAGAACAAGGAAGAGAAGAGGCACAAGACCAAUAGAAAGUGAGGAUGUACAAGCAAAGGGUGACUCUGAGAUUCCAGAGAGAAAUAUUGCAAAGCUUGAGAAAGGAUUGGACGAGGCAGACAGAAGAAUUUACGAUCUGUUGAAGGAGCAAUACAAACUAACUGGCUGUGUUCGAUAUCUGGAAAUCAAAUUAACAUGUAUAAAUAAAUUACAAAGUGAAUUGGAGAUGGAAUUUUGUGAAGAAGAGUACAAAACUGUUUGUGAAAAGUCAAAAAAGGAUAAAUAUAUCAGAGACAGGGUUAGUUAUUUAGAAAAAGCAUAUUCUUGUGUGUUGGGGAGGAUAAAAGAUAUAGAGUUAAUAGUGCUUCCUAAUCAAUCGCAAGAAGAGACUUCAGCAAAGACUAGUCCAGAAACCUUGAAUCCAGGUGAUGGUGCAGAUGACCAUGGAGCCUGUGGGUCUAACUUAACCUCAAAAGUGUGUAAAAUAGAGGAUAUGUUAUGCAAAACCGAGGAAAGGCUCAAGAAAUUGUAUGAAGAGGGAUAUGGAAAAGUAGGGCAGUGGAAGGCAUGUUAUGCAAAAAUGCAAGGAUUAGAAUGCGCAGUUAAUCAGCUGGAAAUUGAGUAUGGGUUACAAGUGACUAAUUUCACAACCGAUGACGAAAAAGCAAUAAAUUCGAUGGACAAAGCCCCAAAAAGAUUGGAAAAAAUUUUUAGGCAACUAGAAGAAAUAGACCCUUAUAUUUUGAAAUGAAAUCAAUAAUUAUCAUGAUUAAUAUAAUUUAAAAAUAAGCUGUUGAUGUUGUGAAGUAAACCUUGCAAGAUUUAAUAAUUUUGUAGAAUUACUGGCUAUGAGGACAAUAGCAAGUUUAUCGUAUUCCAAGACAGCAACUAUUU